AGGCAUUUUUGCGCAUCGCGGAAACUCUGGCGCAGCGCGGAAGAAAGGAAAGAGGGAUGACCGCUGAAGUCUGCAGCUGCUAGGCCGAGUCGGGACUGUUUCUGGGUCUGCAGGCUGCCCCCCCCUCCCCCCUCCUGGACCGCCGGGCAAGAUGAUGUCGCUGAUCGAUCUGGACGACGACCAGCGAUGGGUGCCGACUCAUGUGAAUGUCACCGUGCUGCGCGCGAGAGGGCUGCGCACCAAGGGCAAGCACGGCAGCCGCUACCUCUACACCAUCAUCCAGGUGGGGAAGGAGAAGUACACCACGGGGCUGGUGGAGAAGGCGGAGGUGCCCCAGUGGAACGAGGAGUGCUGCUUCGAGCUGCUGCCCGGGAUCCUGGAGGACGGCGGGCGCAGCGGGUACCCCCCGGGGAGCGGGGACCUGGUCCUCACCGUCAUGCACCGGGUCCUCAUCGGGCUGGACGUGUUUCUCGGGCAAACCAUCAUCCCUCUCGAUAAGAUAUUUCAGGACGGAGUGUGUCCCCGAGACGAAUGGUUCAAGCUCAACUCUAAGGCCGGCAGGAAGGAGAAGGAGCGAGGCGAGCUCCAGGUGACCGUCCAGUUCACCCGCAACAACAUGACGGCCAGCAUGUUCGACCUCACCAUGAAAGACAAGCCCCGCUCGGCGUUCGGCAAGCUCAAGGACCGCGUGACGGGGAGGAAGCGGGGCGACGUGGAGUCGUCCUCGGCCAUCGUGCCAGGUCGCUACGCCGCGCUCUCCGGCUCUCAGCCGUUCGGACAGGAGGGCGGCGGGCCGGCGGAGUCGCGGGAGGUAGAGAUAACGGAGGAGAAGAGGAGCAAGGUGAAGGAUUUCUUCAAGGGGAGGCUGCGGAAGUCGUCCGACACGAGGUCGUGCUCGUCGCUGGCUUCGGACAGCAGCGUGUCUUCCGUGGCCAGCGAUAACCUCGGGCCCCCGCCCUGUCUGGACCUGCUGUCGGAUCCUCCCAGCUCCCCCAUCUACACAAGCAAAGUGAGAGUGGACUCCCACUACGGAGAGACCGACUUAGCUAAGAAAGUGCUCACCAGCCAGCACACCACAAAGGUUCUCACACACAAGCGAGCCUUCAGCGAUGAAGUGAGCAAGAUCACCACGGCCUUCCCUCGAACGAACCCUGCAGUGGAGUCGCUCAAAGGUCAGACCAUGACUCAGUCCAAGUCGUCCUUGUGUAUCAAUGGAAGCCACGUUUACGACUCGGAGCCGUCGAUUCCAAGGAGCUCUGGAGCGCUGCCGUCCAAACUGGUCCUGCUGGAGAAGUGCUCCCCGCUGUCCCGCUCCCUGCAGAAUCUCACCAAGAGAAGCGAGGACAAAGGCUCUUUCGCAGAGGGCCGUCGAUGGUCCUUCGACAAGACCAAGAAAGAAGAGAAAGAGGAGGAGAAGGAAGCUCAGAUGUCGUCUUCUCAGAAUCAAGAGGAUCAAACAGGAAGCCGCGCGGGUCAGGCGGCAGCGCCGAUCGUCUCCUCGGCCGACGGUUCGCCCGACAAGGCCAGAAAGACAAGAAAGACGCUGUUCUCUGGUGGGAGGAGUGACUCUCUUCCAGCAAAGUCGGACCUGAACCAGGCUGGCUCUAGUUCUGAGGGGAGGCUCAGAGGCUGGUUUGGCUCUGGUGACUCCCAGAACAAGCCCAGGCUGGAAGUUUCUCCUAAGGUAGAAAACAGCUCAGACGUACCCCCUCCACUCCCCCCUCGCUCCCCUGUACCUCCUCAGUGCUCCUCUCCCUCUGCUUCCCCCACCAGUCAUGUCUCACGCGAUGACUGCAGUCACAUCAACCUCUUCACCCCGUCCGCCUCCCCAUCCUCAGCACCCAUCUCCCCCUCCAACCCCUUCCUCCCCCGUAUGCAGUGCAACCCCUUUUUCGAGGAGCUGAUUGCAGAAGAGCUGCAGAAGUCGCCUCCUUUCGCGUCUCGCUCCCCUUCCGGCUCAUCUCCCUUCCAUUACACGACUCUCCCCGAUCAGCCCUGCUCGGCCACCGCCGCCCGUGAAGUUAUCGCUGCAAAUAUGGCUUCCAUAAAGCGAGAUCGCCCCAGGCCAGUCGCCAGGCAGAUAUCGCUGCCUGUGUUAUCACCCAAAGGAGCCUCCUCUAACUCGCCCGGCCUCCUGGCUCCUCGCUCCAUGUCGGAGAGCGCAGGAGAAGGUGACGACGAGUCCUUCGACGCCUUCGCCACCAGCAGGUUCAACUCCCCGAAAGGGAGCGUUCUUCCGAAACAGCCGAGGCCCAGUCCCACCCUGUGCCGCAAGCGUAGCUAUCCCCCUCUCGGUCAUAGUAGUCACCCGCAGGAGCUGCUGGCAUGCAGAGAGGAGCCUCCGCCGCUGCCUCCGAGGAGAGUUCUACGGAAUUCGGUGAACGAGAUCUUUUCUGACGGCUGGCUGCACAGAGGUCAGGAGUUAGCCGUCCAUAAGGAGGCCUACCUGCUCUCUCAGACGGGCGUGGCCUCACUGCAGCGUGGACGAGAAGGGGAGUCCAAAAGAAACAGCGUUUCUCCUGAGUCUCACUCGGGCGGCGAGACCGCCGACUGCCAUCAAUCAAAGCCGUGUACAAACGUCACCUCUCCUCCAGAGUUCACUUUGGGAGAGAAGAAGUUCAAGUAUGAGCCUUUGGAGGAUGAGAGCGACCGCUGGGGCGGCACGCUGUUUGAGCAGGAUCUGUACGGACGGAUGUGUCGAGCGAAUUAUGGACGUCCGAAAGUGAACAACCACCGUUUAUCAGCGAACACUGAUGAAACUCUGAACACAUUUAAGAGCUCAGGACCAAGCAUGCCUGUUGACAGUGAGAUUUCUGUUACAGACCUGUACAACAUGCCAUAUGUUACUCCGUCAAAGCCAGAUGCGAAAGUACAGGAAAGUUUAUCGAUUCCCGCGGAGACGAUACUUGAGGCGAAUCCGCCUGAAAUCACGUGCAUCAACAAUAACGUGUCCUUCUCUCUGACUUUAGGGGAUCUGAACAUGAACGUGAAUCACACAGACUUUGGUUUUAUCGAUUCUGAUGGAUCUUCUCUAUCAGAAGUCGCCGAUACCCUCAGAAGCAUCAACACUUUGAGCGGGACAUUUUCGCCGCUGCCAGAAGACUCGCCGACGGUCAUGUACGAUGAGACAAAAGCACCAGAAGACAUGUUCAUGCUGAAGGACACCUACAUACCGGAGAUGAACUCCUCCUUCGAAAUCCCUGCGGCUUCUCACAAACUGUGUAAAAUAUCUGCAGUUUGCCAAGGCAGCUGCCAAGAUUGUCAGUGUAAACUGAAAAACGUAGCAGCUCACGGUCACUCCAGGGUCAGUAGUCGAGACAUCACUGCUUUAAUGUCUAACAGUCAGGCACAUGAGCCACUGGAUGUGGAAAGUGAAGAUAGAGACGAAAUCCAAAGAAGUGAUGAAGAUUUGAAAAAGACGCAGAGCGACAUUGAUGAUAAUGGCAACCUGCAAGCCGAGUUAGCCAAACCCGACCAGACAGGGUCCGUUCCCGGGGUAGUUAGCGCACGGAUACGUCCAAAGGGAGUAUCCCGCCAGAGCAGCACUGACAGCCAAAGCGGCCGACGCAAAAGCGGAGAAAGGGAGUUCGAGCAGUUUUUGUGCCUCGUUCAAAACAUCUCAGAUGAGUUCAGCGAAGGUCCGUCAUCGUAUCAGCCCGCUAAACCGGCUCUGCCCUCCGUGAAGCUCGAAGGCGGCGUCGGUCAUGACCAAACGCAUCACAGCAUGACAGAAAAGCCAUCUGACAUUAACUUUGAAGACCUUCACGCGCAAGUAGCACCAAACUCAAGAACCCCCUCGAAGGCAAAGAUUGAUCAAUCUUUGCUUGAGCCCGAAACCUCUUCACCCUCUGUCUACUCUGCACUCUCCUUAUCAGCUGAAACCCCUGUCUGUUGCCCCUCCAUACAUCCCCCAAGCGUAGGGCCGAGUGCUGGAGCCAGCACUGCGCUGGCCGUGGCUCCCUACACCUCCUCCUACUCCACCACCUCCACCACUGACCAGCCCCUGGCUGCACGGCACUCACUUUUGCCUGAGGAGACACAGCCAGCUAGCAACCUGCCCCGUCAGGAGAGCAGAUCUCAUCCAGUGAAGCCGUUAACCUCCAGCCAAUCAGAGAAAAAGGAGAGCCGCUCCGUUCUGGAGAAGCUUAAAUCUACCAUCCACCCUGGACGCGCCGCCCAUCAGGGCGCAGCUGAAGCCGAGAAAACUCAGGAGGCCACUGUUGACAACUCGGCCCAGUACCAACACCUGACCAACAUGGAGCUGAUCUCCCUGCUGCUGCAGCAGGAGAUGGACAUGCAGAAGCAGCAGGCGGCCUCCGAGCGCCAGACGGCGCAGCUGGAGAAGUGCGAGGCCGAGCUGAAGAAGGUCAAGGCGCAGGUGCGAGACCUGGAGGACUACAUCGAUAACCUGCUGCUGCGCAUCAUCGAGCAGACGCCCACGCUGCUGCAGGUGCGCACCCGGCACAAGUGACGGCGGCGGCGCCGGCGUGCGUCUGCACAGCACGUGCAUCACAGUGCUUCCUGGGAGAGAGCGUGACCGUCCGUGGCAGGGAGGCGUUGUUCUAGAGGCCGCCGCAGUCAAGACUAAUGCUUCACAAACUCUGAUCUCACCGAAAAUCCAGGUCCUCUCACUGCGAAUACUGCCCUGUGGAUGUAGACACGUUAUUACCCCACAUGCAUGCUGGUUACUGUCUCAAUCUGGAACCAACAGAAAACAGCAGUUCGUAUCAUCGGAUAUAUGAGAUGAUUAUUUCGCUCACGCUUACUAGAAAACGUAAAGUAGUCAGCUGUUGCCAGUUUAACUUAAACCAUCUCCGCUUUCACUUGUGGAUGAAAUAAAAUGAAUAAUGGAAAGAAGAUGCACAUUUGAGGAGCGUUUCACGCUGCUCUUCAGGCACUGAAUGUAGUGUUCGCUGAAUUAACGAUUGGAUUUUAAAAAUGCAUUUUUGAUACAGUAUUUUCAGACUGUUUUAUCUCAGAUAGGCCCUUCCAGUAUCACUAAGGUCAGCUUGAGUUUAUUAUGUAUUCGAAGUUAGCAUUUAAGUAUAAAACACUCCCGCAACAUUUAGAUGCUGCUUUCCAAUGUCAACAAUAUGAAAAACAAGUUUCUGUAUUUACAAUGCUACGAUGAGCAAAAAAUACUCAUGUUCAUACAGAAAGGACUGACUUAUUGUAUGUAUUUCUUUUCUUUUUUUUUAAUUAAUUAUUUUGUUUCUUAAAGCCCUGAAAUAUGGGCUGAAGCGAUGAGAUUCAUUUAAUAUAUUUUGGAGUUUUUGUUGUCUAUUUGUAAUUAAAAAUAACAUUUUCUUUUUUACGUCGAGCGUGACAAUGUAACAAUGCAGUAAAUUAAAAUGUAAGUUAUUUCUGCCAUGUACUUUUGUCAUGGUGAUCAAUCUCCUGAUGCCAUCCUUGUAGCACUGUAGCUUCUCGCAACGCUUUACAUGACCGCAGUACUGUACUGUUAUAGAAAUAAAGUGCAC